CUCUCCUCAGCAUGUCCACUCCACCCUGGUGUGCUGGUAGGCAGACAAAUCGCAGGCUCAAUCCACAGAAGUUAGGCACAGCGAACAUCAUAAGAGUUAUGAUUAACGGGCAUUGAACGGCAGUAUUAUAUUACUCAAAAGCAGAAACCUGUGGACCUUCCAGAAAGUGCCAGUGGACCUCCCAGACCAGUGACUGUAUACCAUGUUGUCCAGAUUAAGGACAGGCUGUUCCCUGAGGCCCUGCAUCUCUGUUUGCAGAUGGGUGCAUACCAAAGAAAAGGGCAAGCCCCUCAUGCUCAGUCCUCGCACCAAUAAAGGUAUGGCCUUUUCGCUUCAAGAGCGCCAGAUUUUGGGGAUACAUGGUCUGCUGCCUCCCAAAGUGGAGACUCAGGAAAUUCAGGCCCUGCGCUUUCAGAAAAAUCUCAAGAAGCUGAACGAUCCCCUGGAGAAGUACAUCUACCUGAUGGGCAUCCAAGAAAGGAAUGAGAAGCUUUUCUAUAGAGUGUUGAUGGAAGACAUAGAGGAACUGAUGCCAAUUGUUUACACUCCCACUGUAGGCCUUGCCUGUACGCAGUAUGGACAUAUCUUUAGAAGACCAAAAGGCUUGUUUAUUUCCAUUCUGGACAGAGGACACAUCCGCUCCAUCCUGGACAACUGGCCAGAGACUAAUGUUGCAGUAGUAGUAGUAACUGAUGGGGAGCGAAUUUUGGGAUUAGGGGACCUGGGUGUUUACGGAAUGGGAAUACCUGUUGGAAAACUUUGCCUGUACACUGCCUGUGCCGGCAUCAGACCUGAGAAAUGUCUGCCUGUGGUGAUCGAUGUUGGGACGGACAAUAAGACUCUCCUUAAGGAUCCAUUUUACAUGGGGCUGUACCAAAAGCGAGACCGCUCCCAAGCAUAUGAUGAUCUGAUUGAUGAGUUUAUGGAAGCUGUUGUGGACAAAUAUGGGCAGGACACACUCAUCCAGUUUGAGGACUUUGGGAACCACAAUGCAUUCCGCUUCCUUAGGAAGUACAGGGAGAAGUUCUGUACCUUCAAUGAUGACAUCCAAGGCACAGCAUCUGUAGCCCUUGCCGGUCUGUUAGCAGCUCAGAGAGCCAUUGGCAAACCGAUCACUGAACACCGGGUGCUGUUCCUGGGAGCAGGAGAGGCUGCCCUUGGAAUUGCCAAUCUGAUUGUGAUGGCCAUGAUGGAGAAAGGGAUGACUCAAGCUGAGGCCAGAAAGAAAAUCUGGAUGUAUGAUAAAGAUGGUUUACUUGUAAAGGGCAGACUGCAAGAAAUGGACCCUAACCAGGAAGCGUUUAUCCAUGACAGUCCAGGAAAUGUACAGAGUUUCCUAGAUGCUGUCAACACCAUCAAACCUACAGCUAUCAUUGGUGUGGCAGGAGCUGGACCUCUGUUUACCCAUGAUGUCAUCAAGGUCAUGGGAACCCUCAAUGAACGGCCUAUCAUCUUUGCCUUGAGUAACCCAACCAAUAAAGCAGAAUGCACAGCAGAAGAGGCCUACACACUGACAGAUGGAAGAUGUCUUUUUGCGAGUGGCAGCCCUUUUGGUCCGGUGACUCUGAGCGAUGGCCGCGUCCUUACGCCAGGACAAGGGAACAACGCUUAUAUCUUUCCAGGUGUGGGCCUGGCUGUAAUCCUGAGUGGAGUGAGACACAUCAGUGACACAGUUUUCUUAGAGGCUGCCAAGACUCUUGCAGAGCAGCUGACAGAUAAAGAGCUUGAAGAAGGCAGACUCUACCCUCCUCUGUCCAACAUCAGAGAGGUCUCUAUCCAGAUGGCUGUCAAGGUGGUGGAGUAUCUCUAUGCUAAAGGCAUGGCGUUCCACUACCCUGAGCCUCUGGACAAGAACGCCUUUGUGCGGGCUACUAUCUGGAACACCGACUACGAAUCCUUCCUGCCAGACACCUAUGACUGGCCAGAUGUCAGCUUUACCCCGAAGUCUAACUAGGAAUGGGGGGACACUCACUGUGGCUCAUGUCAUAAUGGCCUUCUCUUCCUUUGUUUUUUUUUUCUGCUUUAUACCUAAUCACAGAUUUUCUAAGAUUACCUUAGUGCCAGCAUGUGACCAUGCUGCUACAUUUUCACUAAAUCAGUCUUAUUGGAUCUGUGAACAGUUAAAGUGGAAAGUGAAGAGAAGGACAUUCAGAUGAGAUCAGCCAUUCUUUAUUUACAUGACACUUCUUUAUCCUCUGCAUCACAUGUAAACCUGCACAGAACCAGAGGGCCACCUGGUGGUGGAAAUGGGCAAUGGUUAAAUCUAUUUUCCAUGCUGUGAAAACUCCAGUACUGAACUUGCAUAAAAAUAUAACAGGUAAAUGAGAUUAUGCUGCGUUUUUAACCAAAGUCUGCAGGGACACCUGGAUCACUCCUGAAGGUUUUUUUUUUUUCACUUAUUUUAAGAUGUAGUUAUUUAACUGUAUGUCGAAUCUAAUAAUGACUCUAAUGAUGUAAUUUUUGUAGUGUACAUUUCUGAUGCAUAGCUGUCUUUAGUUAGCGCGCACAUUCUUUAUUUUUAUUCCAUCUCCUAGUAUUUGCCAGUUAGCCAGAGAUUACCUCAGCUGUUUAGCAUUUGUUAUUGUCCAGUAUGUAUAUAUAGAUUGCCCUUGUCCACACCAAGUGAGCCUCUGGUCAUUUUUACUGUGUUCAUUAAUAAUACCCAGUAUAAGACAUCUAGAGAAACAGAGAAAACAUUACAAUUCUGGGUAGAAGUGACGUGAGUAUUUAAAGAAUAACCUCUUAGCUGAAAGUGAAAUUUUCUGAAGGGAAGAUGGCAUUCUGCAGGUAGACAACAUUUCAACAUCCACUCCAGCCUUUUAUUUUGUUUGAGUAAUUGUCACGUAGUAUUUAUUUCUUUUAAAUUUAUUUUAUUUUGCCUUUGGUUUUGAAAAGCCUGUCAUCAACACUCCUUAAGGAAUGGUAUUAUGAAGAAUGUAUCUCUUAAAAUGAACACUUUUGUUUAAGGGAAUAUUUAAGAAAAUACGUGCAGUAUGAAAUGUCAGAUCAGUAUUUAUGUUGUGAAAUGUACAUUCACUUUUGACAUUCUGCUUUUGACAUCCAUGUGUAUUGUCCGUUUUACUCCUUUUGUAUAGUCGGAGCAGAUUAUACAAAGCAACAAAGUCACAGGCCAAGCUUCUCUUCAAUGUUGUGAUUUGUCAUGAGGUUCAAAUACAGUCGGGUGUUUAAACAUAAAAAGUUAAGAUUUGCUUAUGUAGUAAGUCUGUUUUGAAUCUGUUCAGAGAUGAAUUACCAGCCAAGUGAUUUUAAACCAGACUGUAGGAAUAAAAAGACCAAGAAGCCCUGCUGGGAAAGGUCAAAGACAUUUUGAGCAGAUUCUGACCUUUUGAAAUGAGUUUUCAUCCUCGCUCACCUAACUGGUUUUUCAUGCUAAAUGGCGAUAGUGCCUAAACAUUGUAUAGACUGGCAAAAUAUUUUCCUGAUAAAGAGCAAGUCAACUAUACUGUGUAUUUUUUUUUCUUUUCCAUGUGUAAAUUUGAUGUACUGUACUAAUAGCAGUAGGACAGAUUGCUGACAGUUAACCUGCCAAAGUUAAGUAAAAGUAGAGUGUUUCAUGUAAAAUGCAACAAUAUAAUCUUUGAUCAUAUUCACAAGACACACACACAAAAAAAAGUUUUGUCAGUUAAGGACCAGUAAAGUUUUGCCACAGGGGUGUGACAAUAAUGCACAUUUGUCUUCAGAGAGAUGUGUGUGAAUAUGGAGAUGGUUUACAGAUUAAAGUAAGAAAACAAGUAUUUUUAAAAGACCACUUACAUCAGGCUAGAAAUGCUUCAUAUGCAGUGAUUUUUCCCUGUAACCAUACCAGCAAAACGCUUUCUUGAGUCACUGGAUACUGUCGAGGUCAAAGAUGCUUGAUUUUUUUUUUUUUUCCUUUAAAUUGUCACCCACCCAUAUAUUCACUGUACAUUUUUACUUAAGGACCUUCUAACAACAUACAUUGAAGUGCCUGCACACAUUUCAGUGUCUCUUCAUAGUCACUCCUAUGCCUGAUUGUGUAAACAUCACAAUAUGCUGAAAGCAGAGCUGAUAACUAAGCCACACUAUAAUUAUUGAAAUUAUUGUUUUGGUAUAAAAUAGUGUAACUGUAGUGUUCAGCAUACGGUGUUUUCCCUGAAAGGACUGUACAGCUCCAGGUUGUUAGCAUUUGUGAACACUUAAUAUAUUUCAGUAGUUGUACUUAAAGUGUUUACAUAUAGUUUCUUUAACGCCAUUAAGAUGUUUGCUCAUGUGUCUAUUGAAAUGUUGUUAACUGUAACUGUCUUCUUUGAGUUUUUGCUGUUUUGUCAGGUUACUGGUUUGUUCAUGUAAUUCUCCCAAGUUUGCAUUUAUAUAGUGCUGUGCCCAUGCAGUCUGUCUCUGAAAUGUAUUUUUGAUGCAGUUGUAUAGCCAGCUGAAGUGUUUGUGACACUUUGUUGUACUUAAGGUGUUAGGACUGCAGAAUAAAACCUAUUUUUAC